UGGGCAGAGGAAGGGCCCGGGAGAGCGAGGGGGGAGCCCUGGCCUGUCCCGCGCUCCGCCAGGGAACCAUGUUGCCCAGCAAGGCCGGAGGGGCCGGGAACGGCGCUGCCGCUGCCGCCUCCGCGCCUCCUCGCGCCAUGGUGGGCCUUGCCAGGGCUGCUUCCGCCCGGCUCCCCCGCGGAGGAAGCAGCGGAGGCCCGGCUCCUUCCCUCCGCGGCCCCGGCAACGGGACGGGCCGCUUCGAGCGGGAGCCUCGGGAGGUCUUGGGGCCGCCCAGCGGCAGCGAGGGCGACUCGGACUCGGCGGAGGACGAGGAGCAGCAGCAGCAGCAGCAGCCGCCGCCGCCGCCGCUGGUGGUGGGCGACAGGCGAGGGCUGAAGCGGACCUUGGCCGAGAUGGAGAUGGAGAUGGGGGCGGCGGUAGCGGGAGCCGCUUGCGGGGGACCCGAGGCGGCGUCGGCCUCGGCUUCGGGGGUCUACGGAGGAGGAGGAGGAGGAGGGGCCGCCGGAGGAGGGGUGAGCGGAGCCAAGCCCGGCAAGAAGACUCGGGGCCGGGUGAAGAUCAAGAUGGAAUUCAUCGACAACAAGCUCCGGCGCUACACCACUUUCAGCAAAAGGAAGACGGGCAUCAUGAAGAAGGCCUAUGAACUUUCCACCCUAACGGGGACGCAAGUAUUGCUGCUUGUGGCCAGUGAAACGGGCCAUGUGUACACAUUUGCGACGCGGAAACUGCAACCCAUGAUCACCAGUGAAACGGGGAAAGCACUGAUCCAGACAUGCUUGAACUCUCCUGAUUCCCCUCCUCGGUCAGACCCGACCACUGAUCAGCGCAUGAGCGCUACAGGCUUUGAGGAGACAGACCUCACUUACCAGGUGUCUGAAUCAGACAGCAGCGGAGAAACAAAGGACUCUCUGAAGCCUGCAUUCACAGUUACCAACCUGCCGGGCACAACGUCGACCAUCCAGACGGCACCCACCACCUCCACCUCCAUGCAGGUCAGCAGCGGCCCCUCGUUCCCCAUCACCAACUACCUAGCGCCAGUCUCUGCCAGUGUCAGCCCCAACACGGUCACCAGUGCCAAUGGGACAGUGCUGAAAACCACUGGAACCAGUGCAGUGACCUCUGGAGGGCUCAUGCAGAUACCCACCGGCUUCACCCUCAUGUCAGGUAGUGCUGUGGCUCAGCAAGUCCCCGUACAAGCCAUCCAGGUGCAUCAAGCCCCCCAACAGACGCCUCCCACCAGUGACAGUGGCACUGACCUCACCCAGACCUCUUCCAGUGGGACAGUGACCUUGCCAGCUACUAUCAUGACUUCAUCAGUGCCAACCACAGUGGGAGGCCACAUGAUGUACCCCAGCUCUCAUGCAGUGAUGUAUGCUCCAACGUCAGGCCUCGGGGAUGGUGGGCUUGCCGUUCUCAACGCUUUCUCCCAGGGGCCAUCAGCAAUGCAAGUUUCACACGGUCAGGUCCAGGAUCAGGGUGGUGUCCCUCAGGUGUUCCUUACAGCACCAUCAGGAACAGUUCAAAUCCCAGUCUCAGCUGUCCAGCUUCAUCAGAUGGCCGUUAUUGGGCAGCAGUCCAGCAGCAGUACCAACUUGACAGAGCUGCAAGUAGUCAACCUGGAUACGUCACAUAGUUCCAAGAAUGACUGAGCAACUCUGGGAGGACCUGGUGGGGGGAGGGAAGGAAGAGUGAACCUGGCAGGCAAACCUGCAGCACCACUGCCAUCGCCUCCAGCAUCUGUGCUCUGCAGAGCCUCAGGAUCUGUGCCACUCCUCAAGCUGCACCAGGAUCUUGGCGGUCCCUAUUUUUUGUAUGGACUCCGUCACUUAUUUAUUGUUGCCUUUUUCACAUUUUUUUUCCUUCUCUCACACUUUACACUGACUCAUAGACACACACACAUACACACACACACACACACAACACACUAAAAGUGGCUGCAAUGGCCAGCAGCAGGAGCUGAGCCUGGGCUAUUUGGGGUGAGAGGGAGCUUUGUUGCAUUUUGAAUGCUGCAUUUACUGUGCUUUUGUGUUUUGUUGGGUAGGGGUGGGUGGGUGUCAUUUUUCCUCUACACUCCAGCCAAAGAAAUUGUGUCUCACAGGUGGGAGAGUUUGCUCCCCUGUGUAUACACCACUUUGUUUUCAUUGGGGAAAGUCUUUCUCUCACUCUCACUUCCCGUCCUCAUAUAACCAUAGAAUGUCAAGCAACUUCCCCAGUUUUAUUGCCUGCAAGGCAGAGCAAGUGAGGCUGGAGGGAGACAUUGGAUUGCAGAAAGGCUCAAAGCCAUCAUAAAAAAGGGAGUUUCUUUUCAAUCAUAGACAUCCAUCUUGCCUUCCUUCUUCCUUCUAAUGGGGCAAAGUGCCCCCCUCUCUUUUCUCUUACUCCCAGGUUCAGGUCCUCCAGCUGGCUGCAGCAUUGUGCCUUCAAGCAAUCAGUGAUCCAUUGUGGGUUGGCCAUCACAGUGGCCUCUUGCCUUUACCCUCAGCUUGUGAAGAGGGAUUGUUGUUCCCACUGGCAUCCACCUUAGGCCGGGAGAGGGCAAAAAGCAGAGCAUCUUGAACUUCCUCCUAAAUUGUUCCUCUCCCAGAAUGUAUGUUUUGGUGGAUAGGAACAGAUUUGACUGGCUGCAUGGUAUGCCUGGCAACUCCUCCACUGUUUUGCUGCAAAGAAGAGUGUUUGUUAGCCACAUUUCCUUCUUGGAAACACAUUCAGUGACGCUUAAGCCUGGUAGCUGCAAUUGUUCCUUGCCCUGUUUGAUACUUGGGGAUAAUCGUCUCAGGAUUUGUUUUGGUAGUGCUUUUCUCUCAAGAAGAAAGAAGAGCUGAGUCUUGGGUUGCACCUGCACGGCAGAAAUAAUCCUGUUUUACACCAUUUUAACAGCCAUAGCUUGAUAGUAUGAAAUUCUGGGAUUUAUAGUUUUGUGUAAUAUUUUGCCUUCCCUGUCAGAGCUCUGGUGCCACAACAUACUACAAAUCCCAGGAUUCCUUAGGAUGGAACCAUGGCAGUUAAAGCAAUGUCGAACUGCAUUAAUUCUGCGGUGUGGCAGCUGUGAUAGUCCCUUUUAAUCAGAGAAUGGAUUUGGAAAACCUGUGUGAGUGGGGAAGUAUUUUAAAACUUGACUCAGUGGUCCAUCCCAAGGCAGUUUUACCCACAAAUGAAAUAAUAAUAAUAAUAAUAAUAAUAAUAAUAAUAAUAAUAAUAA